AUGAGGGAGACUCCUAUUAUUAAUACGGCACCACCUCAACCAGACGACAACGACGACGACGCCGCCGACGGUAGAAAAGCGAAGUCUACAAAACUGGAAAUAUCUAAAGUCCCAGUAGUCAUGGACAAUCUAACUCUUGCAAAAACUGAUACAAGAGCAGAUACACCAGUCAUUGAAUUCAAAACAGUUGAUAGUCCAUUCGAUAUUCGAAUAAAACCGAUGGAAGUAUUACAAGCUACAGGGAAAUCUGUAAGUCAAACAUUUGGUGAUGAUGACGAGUUGGAUGAGAUAAAACACCCAGAAACUUCAGACAUCCACCUACCUGAGAUGUUCACCUUAAAUGAAUAUGAAGAUAAGUGUGAAGUGAAGGAGUUAACAACAACACGAGGCGAAGAUGAAGAGGAACACUGUCAACAGAUGAAACACGAGAAGGAAUCACCACCCACCACCAAUCCGUUGGUGGUAUGUGUUCUUGUCCAAGUACAACAAACACCAGAUACAAUAAUAAUGAGAAAUGAGGACGAUCAGAUGUUAACGAACCCUGAUGAAUUGAAACAAAGUUAUUCUCUUAUGGAUAAUGAAGAGGAAGAGGAAGAGGCAGCAGAAGGAGAGAUUGUGCAGACUGAAGGAGUCGAUAUAACUGAUUACUACUUACAGUCUCCACUAGAGGACAAGAUAACUACUGACAAAGAAGACGAAGAAGAACCAGCCUACCAUGACAUCAAAGUCAACCAAUAUCAUAAAACAAAUGUAACAACUAAAUUCAAUCUUACAGUGAAUCACUUCGAUGUAGAUGACAAGAUGUUCUCAUGUUCACAAAGUGGUAGAGACAUUCAACCACCUACAGAUUUGUCAAGUGAAACUCAAAGAUUACCAUCACCGCUUUCACCAUCAUCAUCCUCCUCCUCGGAAGUGGUUGAUCAUCAUGAAAUCAUGCAACGACAAGAAGACCAAGAAGAAGCAGAAGAAGAUCCAACAAUGAAGAGACAUUUUACACAACUCAAAGAAGACGUGAAUAUCUUGAAAAUAACCUCGAAAUGUACAUAUACAAGUACACCAUUGAAAAAUUAUUCAUUGAGACAAAGAACUACAACAACUAGAAUCCCCUCCUCCAGUUUUGAACGAUCUACAUCACCACAAGAAUACACUGUCGCUUCUACUGUCUGCCUACCACACUCCGAUGGUACAACCACUGCGAACACCACCACCACCACUCUCACACAUUCAGAAAGUCCUUAUCCAGCCACAACCAGCUCACCAUCGAUGACCAAUCUAGGCUGGCUGUUAGAUUCCUCCUCCUGUCUAAUAAGCCGAUUUGAUGAAAGACUGAAUAAACAUCUUAUUGAAGUAUCACCUAAUAACAGGAUAUUUAAGAAAGCAACUAUUACAGAAACCAGUCACCAUCAGCUACCAACUAUCACAGCAACUGAUCAAAGUCCAUCACAAGAACAAACAACAACAACAACAGCGACACCACCAACAACAAACAGACCUGAAGGAAACCAACUUCGUAUAACCAUCUCUCAGAGUAUACGCAGAAAUUAUUCCUGCAUUUCAAAAGAUGAUAGCCACACAGAUAACUUGGUAAGCAGCACCAGUAAUGUAAUCACAGCUACUACUACUACUACUACCGGUUACUACAAUCUACGACGUUCAUUGUCUGAAGAUUUCAAAGGUGAUAAACAUACUACAUCACACAGUGAAAUCAAGAAACCAACAAGCUCACUAGCACUAGUCGACGAGGAAUCUGAAGAGAUGUAUAUAGCCAGAAAACUGACUAACGAAGCGCUUAACAAAGCUAUUGGCAAACUGUCUAUCGGCUAUACAGACAUUCCCUCACCGCCACCACCAGCAUUGAGUUAUUCAACUCAAAUUACACAGAAAAAGAACAAAGAAACACAACAACAACAACAGCAGAAAUUCUCUGAUGAAGAAGAAGAGAUUAUAACACGAUUACGACAAGAAUAUAAUAUACAAUUACCUUCAAGAAUUAUUGAUCAGCAUCAUCGGUCUACACAAAGUCCACUGACUAUAAUCAUGAGUACAACACCAGAGGAUACAACUGCACCCACGCCAACAACAUCAAUCGAUACACCAUUCAAAAUUGAACAAGAUGUCUACAGUGAAGUGUCGAAACAAACAAUCGCUAUUCAUGCUAAAACACGCAUAUACAUGUUUGAAGCGGAUGAAGGUGAAACAAACGAAGAAGCACAAGGAGAAGAAGAAGCAAAGGAAGAAGAAAUGAAAGAUACUGAUGUGUAUCCAGUGAAUGAUGCAAAUGUUAUUCAGUCAAUAUCACAAGAAUGUAGCCUCAAUAAAACUGACAAUCAAGUUGUCUUACAAACUUCACUCUUGGUUACAAGUCCAAAGUAUCUGACACAAUUGAUUGAUGAAGAAAUUACUGAUUUACGUGUAGAACAACAGCAUAUCGGUGUGAUCAGUGGAUCAGAUUACAGCACCCUGGCGAAAUACUCCCCAAUGAACGACAGAGGCAACGAUGACGAUGACGACGACAAUAACAGAGAGGUGGAAAAUCUUCCAAGAUUAAGAGAAAGGCAAGAGCUCCAACAACAACAACCACAACAACAAUCUCCGGAUGGAAAAACAGUUACCAUAAGUCCUACCAGUGUUGUCGAUGACUAUAUGCCAUCAGAAGACAAUGAUGACCAGGAGAAGGAUGAAGGCAAGUCGACACAACAACAAAUACAAGAAGAAUUAUCUGCGCUUAGUUUUGCAGCACCAUCAACACAUGAAUUCAGUGGACCAGUGAAGAAACGAGGCAGUGAUGACAGAACACAAAAUGACCAGCCGAUAGAAGAAGAAGAAGAACAGGAAGAUUUCACCAGACCUCCUGAUUAUGUGUUAACACAAACCUAUCAGGAAAUAAGUGCUACAGAUGCAAUAACUAUCAGUCAGUCAGCAGAUCAUCCUAUCAACGAUGAUGAUGAAGAAGACCGUGAUAUCUUGAGUCGACUAACAACACCACCACCACCACCGCCGGCUAAUGACCACCUUCACCAACACCAACACCACCAACAGCAACUGCAAGAGGAAUUACAGUCAAGGAAUGCAAUCAAAAGUGAAACAAUCACUCAAGACUUUGUUACUAUUUACGAAACACCAGAAAAGAUUCAGCUGGUGAGAAGAAGUGGAACACCAGAAAGUCGAAGUAGGCAAGAAUUAAUAGAAGAAGAAGGAGACGACGACGACGAUGAUAGAUACAGAAGUAUGUCAAGACCAUUCACAACAACACCCACAACAACAACAACAGCUGAGAUAUUAGGAGGAGGAGGAGGAGAAAAGUUCAAACUGACAAAUAUUCAUGAGAAAGAUACUCCUCCUCCCCCUCCUCCUUCGCCGCCUCCUGCUACUCUGAGUCAUAUUCAUUCAGAUAAUGAUGAAGGCAUGUUACAAGUGUCCAUGGAUAUAGAUAUACAAGCAAACUACAAACUAGUUAAUUCAACCAGUGAACUACACGACAAGGAGGAACCGAUUACAAAUUUGAAUCUACAUUUACCAACAACAACAACAACACAGGAGAAUAUUUUAACUCUGCACGAAGUUAUCACCUCGCCAGCAAAACAGCAUACAUCGACACCGACUAAUAAUAAAAUUAAUGCAUCCGAAAAAGCAUCACCUCUACUCAUAACAACUGCAAUAACUGCAUUGACACCAGAAUCAACAUCUGAAAAACAACGGGACGGUAUGUUAACUGGCCUGAAAGAAAUGCCUACAGCUAUGCUGACAAGUCCAAUGGAAAUACAAACCACCACUGACAGGUCUCAAUUGUCAAUCAAUCCACAAGUGACUUGUACCAAUUUAUUCUCCUCCAUCAUCAGUAUACAAAUAAAGCUAACACAAGGAGUGUGUAAAUCAGCAGAAAGUCAUAGUGAGGCAAUACAAUACUUUGAUGAUACUGAAAUCAAAUCGAAGAGUGAACAACAAUCAGCACUACUUUUACCGAAAUCUAUUGACAACACUACCACUACUACUACUAUGACCACGACGACUGCGACUACUGCUAGUGCUAAUACGACUACCAAUCAGCUUCUUAGUGACAUGCAUUUCAAUCUAGCUGUUCGAGAGCAUAUCGAUUUAAUGACUAGAAUGUCUGACCAGGAAAGACAAGCAUUGGUUACUGAGACUAAGAAAAGAAUGUUGAAAGAUGCCAGCCUAUUGUCAGAUGAUGAUGAGAGAAUUAAGCUGACUGCAGUCGCACAAGCUAUUCAAUGGAUAGCUGAUAUGACAGAUGAUCAACGCCAACAAAUCCUCGCAUGCAAUAAUCCAGUGGACUUUAGAAGUGAUACACCACCACCAUUCAGUGAGAAGGUGGCAACAGAAAAUCAAGUAUUCCUACCGUCGUCGUCCUUGUCUGUAGACAUCGCAGAUAAACAUCAUUCGCAUAUGAAUACUCCACACGAGUUACAGUGGAGUACUGUUGAAGCUAAUUAUACACAAUCGAUAGAAACUACUAGUCAAGUUGAUUCUAGGCAUACAUACGAUCUGGUACAACGUGACGCUACUCCUACUACUACUACUACGAAUACUCCUACUACUAACACUACGACGACUGCAAUGAAAGAUCAACAUUCAAGUAGAACUGUCGAGAGGAAGAAGGAAGUUAUCGAACAAACUGCCCAUCUACUACCUGAUACUACUACUACUAAAACUACUACUACAGCUAAACAAAUGUACAGUAGUGAUACAUCAAAGAGAAGACUUCCUCAACUGCCCUUAUCAUCAUCAGUAUCACCAUCAGAACUAAACCAGAAGCAGUUGAGUAAAUAUCCAAUUCAAAAGUUAACAAGGACUAGAAAGAGUCCAUUAGACACACUACAAUACUCUGAUCUACACAAACCACCAAUCAAUAACAUGGAGGAGCGACAACCCCAACAACACCAACAACGACCAAUACACUCAGAUUAUAGUCUCCGUAUAAAUAAAAUUGCUCAACAAAUGGCACACAAAAUUUAUCCAUCGAAUCAGGCUACUACUACUACUACUACUAUUGCACAAUCAAGUCUAUGCUCACCACGAUCGAUAAUCCAGACUAUUGAACGCGUUCAACGAGCUGAGAAGGUGGCCAAUGCAUUAGAUGCCCUAAUCAUUGAAACUAUUGACUAUAUUACGAAGAAUUUACAUAAAAAGUAA